AAUGGGCUUCCGUAGUUGUCCCCUCUUCAAUUUCUUCCGGAAGAAACAGCAUUGCACGAAGGGCGGAAAAUAACAACACGAUACUGCAUACUGUCACAACUCAGAAACAACCAAACAGUUUUCAGUUUUUUGUGGUUUUGCUUGGCCACAGAGCUACUUCGCCUCUCCAUGCUGCUGUGCCGGGUUUCGGCAGUAAGCCAGACGCUAGCGAGAUGGGGAAGGAGGUCACACCGGGGAGGCGGCCUCCUCCACCGUGCUCUCUCCUUCAGCUCCAGCCGCGGUGUGAGUUCAGGAGAAGGCAGCGCUCAGCCAGCAGAGGCAGUCCCUGCUCAGGGAUUGUAUCGGGACACAGUGCUCCUUCCCCGGACUGAGUUCCCAAUGAAACUAACUGGACAGAAGCUGCUGGACCGAGAACUCCAGAUACAGCAGGAGUGUGGAUUUGCAGAUUUGUACUCCUGGCAAAGAGAGAGGAAGGCCAAGAAGGAGUUCUGCCUACAUGAUGGACCCCCAUAUGCCAAUGGAGACCCUCAUGUAGGACAUGCACUAAAUAAGAUCCUGAAAGAUAUCCGUAACCGUUUUGAGAUGCUGAGGGGGCGGCAGGUCCACUACAUCCCAGGAUGGGACUGCCAUGGUCUGCCCAUCGAGCUGAAGGCUCUGGGGGAGAUGGGGACGAGCGACCUCGGUCCCCUGCAGAUCAGACAGAAAGCGCGGGAGUUUGCAGAGGGGGCCAUAGCUCGUCAGAAGGCUGCUUUCCAGCGCUGGGGGUUGAUGGCUGACUGGGACAAGUGCUACUACACGUAUGAUGGAGCCUAUGAGGCUGCUCAGCUGAGAGUCUUUCAAGAGAUGCACAGCAAGGGGUUCAUCUACCAGGACUACAAGCCAGUCUUCUGGUCUCCUUCAUCAAGAACGGCCUUAGCAGAGGCAGAGUUGGAGUACAACCCUGAGCAUGUGAGCAGAGCCAUCUAUGCCACAUUCCCCCUGAGCACACUGCCACCGGGGAUAGCCUCAGAAGCAGGUUUGGAAGGUGUCUCUGUGUUGGUGUGGACCACCCAGCCCUGGACCAUUCCUGCCAACCAGGCCAUCUGCUACAUGCCCAAAGCCCAGUACUCUGUGCUGAAGAGGGCAGACAACUCUCAGCUGCUGUUGGUGGCCACUGAGCGCACAGCCAGCGUGGCAGCGCUGCUGGGCACACAGCUGGAUAGUGUAGCCACCUUUACAGGCUCCCAACUUGAGGGUGGGAUCUGCAAACAUCCCACAAUUCCUGACAAGGAAGUGCUGCUAUUGCCAGCCAAUCAUGUGACUAUGGCAAAAGGAACAGGAUUGGUCCACACAGCGCCAGCUCAUGGCAUGGAGGAUUACAGCGUGGCUUCACAGUUUAAACUGUCUGUGGAGUGUAUGGUGGAUGAGGACGGCAAGUUCACUGAACUGGCCGGCCCUGAGCUGCAGAAUCUGUCUGUUAUGAGAGAAGGCACUGACAAAGUGAUCUCCAUGCUGAAGGAGUGUGGGGCUCUAGUGAAGGAGGAGCAGUGUGUCCACAGCUACCCGUAUGACUGGAGGACGAAGCAGCCUGUCGUCAUCAGGCCCAGCAAACAGUGGUUUAUCAACACGGCGUCUCUUAAAGACAAGGCCAAGGAGGCACUGCAGAAGGUGCGUGUUUUGCCCGAGUCAGCGAAGGGCAGCCUGUUGACCAUGCUGGACAGACGGACGUACUGGUGCAUCUCCAGACAGCGAAGCUGGGGCGUCCCAAUCCCAGUCUUCUACCACAGAGAGACUGGAGAGGCUCUCAUCAACAAACACACGGUGUCCCAUAUAGCAACGCUCUUCAAAGAAAAGGGCAGUGACUGUUGGUGGGAGCUUCCUGUUGAGACUUUGCUGCCAGAAGCUGUGCUCAAGAAGAGUAAAGCAGGUCCAGUGACUGACUACGUUCGGGGAGAAGAUGUCCUCGACAUCUGGUUUGAUAGCGGAGCUUCAUGGGCUGCCGUACUGGAAGAGGAGAAGGACAGAGACACUGAGGAGCCUGAGUCACGUCUCAGCUGGCUCCCUGCUCCGCUUCGCAAACCUCGGGUCACAGAGUCAGACUCCAGGGCAGAUGCUUAUGUGGAAGGGAAGGACCAGAUUGGAGGCUGGUUUCAGUCCUCGCUGCUCACCAGCGUAGCCGUCAGGAACAAAGCACCUUACAAGUCUCUGGUGGUCCAUGGCUUUGCGGUCAGUGAGAAAGGAGAGAAGAUGUCCAAGUCACUGGGAAAUGUUGUGGAUCCUGACGCAGUCAUUAAUGGAGGGAAGGACGCCACUAUGCCAGCCUACGGGGCAGAUGUGCUACGUUGGUGGGUGGCUGAGUCAAACGUCUUCUCUGAGGUUCAGAUCGGACCUACUGUACUCAACUCAGCCAGAGACAGCAUCAGCAAGUUAAGGAACACUCUGAAGUUCCUGCUCGGCAACCUGCACGGUUUCGACCCACGUGUGCAGGCUGUGGACCCCAAAGAGAUGCAUUACAUUGAUCAGUACAUGUUGCACCUGCUCCGCGAGUACAGCAUCAAGGUGACGGACGCCUACAGUGAGUUUGAUGCCGGCAGGGCCAUCCGUGUCCUCCAAGCCUUCAUCACCAGAGACCUCUCCAGCUUUUAUUUCAGCAUCAUCAAAGACAGAUUGUACUGUGAUCCGGAGGACUCUUUGGGCAGAAGAUCAUGUCAGACCGUUUUAGAGGAAAUUCUGGAUGGAGUGACCAGAUCAAUAGCUCCCAUCCUGCCACAUCUAGCCGAAGAGGUCUAUCUACAUGCACCAGGGCAUGACGGAGAAGAAACAUUGUUUAAAAGUGGCUGGAUCAAAAGCAGCUCUGUGUGGCGGCGUCCAGGAUUGGAGGAAGCAGUUGAAGGAGCCUGUGCCAUCAGGGACUCCUUCCUGUCGUCCAUUCCAGGCAAAAAUGCAGCUCAGUACGACCUCACUAUUGCCAUUGAACCCGGCUUGCUGUUUGAACUCAUGGAGUCUCUACAAGAUGAAGCCACCUCCACCUCCUCCCAGCUGGCUGAGCUGAUGAUGGUAGCGCGGGUCAGCCUGACCAGUGAGCUACCCCGUGACCUGCCCCCAGACGCCCUGCUGAGCCACGGCACCUUCCUCAUCAACCUGGAGGGUGGCGUUAUCCGUGAGGACAGUGCCUACAGUAUAGCAGCGGUUCCCACCUCUGCUGCCCGGUGCCCACGCUGCCGCCGCUACACUGCUGAUUCUGCAGACUGCCUGUGCCCACGCUGCCAGACCGUCGUUUCACAGGCUAACUGACAGGCCACACGUGCUGUCACCAUGACGACCAGCAAACAUCAUCUCGGCUGUUUUGUUUCUCUGCUCUGGGUGAAGUUCCUCGAGGGCUGAAUAGAGACCAGGAUUUACAAUCCAUGUCUCCAUCACCUGAGAAAUGUAAAACUGACUCCAAAUCAGCUGCUGCUUUACUAAGGUUUUCUUUCAUUUAUUCGACUGUCAGUUAAAAGAACCUGCAGCUUGGCACAUGGUUGGCUUUGGGAAAGAAAGGCCUAAUAGCAGAUAACAACGCAUACUUCACUAAAUGUGCUUCAGGCUUCACUGUUUUAUGCACUCCCACACUUUCCUAGAACAGCAGGUGUGAACUCUAAAACCAAAAUGUCUAAGUCAGCCUUGGGUCCCUUUGCUGUGGCAUGAAUGCAGUGCUUAUACAUUUGAUCUUGUACCACCAAACAAUGUGAUAAAGCAUGAGCAAGAUUGUGUACUGUAUGUAUAGUUGGGAAUUGAAGAUAUUGACUUGUUUUGUCAGUCUAGAAGGAAUGCCAUUCAGGAGGCUUAUCAGUUGUUUUUUUUAAAUGUGUAACUACAUGGAAAAAAAAUUGAUUACAAUGAGUGUCACUAUGUGACAACGGUAGAGAAUUUAUAUUGGCUGUGGGUAAGUUCUUGUGAAUGUUUACCUUUGUAUAAUAAAUCCUGUUCCCUGUAAACUUUCCCAUAAAGUUGAAGGUGUAUGAAAAAAUGUAAUAAAUUAUAAAUAAAUGGAGUUUUAGCUCUGAACAUGU